GCGAACCCCAUCUCCCCCUCCGACUCCUCCUCCUUUCUUGCUUCUCCUCUCCGCCGCCGUCUCCCCUCCCACACGGAUUCGAUUCCUAAACCCCACCUCUAUAAGGAUCCCACCGCCGAACCCAAGCCAAGAACCAAACCAAUCCGCCGCAGCGACGCCAAGCCAAGAUCUGAACCAACCCGCCGCGACGCGAUGAUCCUCCGCAUCCGCAGCCGCGACGGCACCGACCGCAUCACGGUGCCCACCGCCGCCACGGUCGCCGACCUGCAGCGCCUCAUCGCCGCGACCGCCACCGUGCCCGUGCCGCUGCAGCGCCUCUCCCUCGACCCCGCCCUGCUCCUCCCCGCCGGCCAGGCCGCCCCGCUGGAUCCGUCCGCCCCGCUCGCCUCCCUCCCGCUCGCCAACGGCUCCUUCGUGUACCUCUCCUACCCGCCCGCCGCCCGCUCCGCCCAGCCGCCGCCGCCCCGCGCCCUCGCGCCCGCCGGCUCCUUCGGGAAGAAGAUGACCAUGGACGACCUCAUCGCGCGCCAGAUCCGCGUCACGCGCCAGGAGUCCCCGCUCUGCUCGCAGGCCUCCUUCGACCGCGACGCCGCCAACGCCUUCCAGCUCUACGUCGCCGAGUCGCUCGCCUUCGCCGUCAAGCGCGCCGGGUUCCUCUACGGCCGCGUCGACGCCGACACCAAGGACGUCCUCGUCGACUUCAUCUACGAGCCGCCGCAGCACGGCUCCGAGGACGUGCUCCAGCUCAUGCGAGACACCAACGAGGAGGCCCGCGUGGACGCCAUCGCCGACGGGCUCGGGAUGCGGCGGGUGGGGCUGGUGUUCACGCAGGCGGUCGGGAGGAAGGCCAGCGAGACGGGCGAGUACACCAUGUCCAGCCGCGAGGUGGUGCAGGCCGCGCAGCUGCAGGCGGAGGGCGGGAUCCCGGAGUGGGUCACCGCCGUCGUCAAGCUCGAGGUCGGGGACGACGGCUCCGGGGACGUGCACUUCGAGGCCUUCCAGAUGAGCGAGGUCUGCGUCAAGCUCUUCAAGGACGGCGUGCUGGAGACGGAGAUUGGGGACUCGGACGACCCACGCCUCUCCAAGAUGCGCAAGGAGGUGAUCGCCGGAGGCAAGGACACCAUGGAGGUGGACAAUGACUUCUUCCUCGUGCCCGUCAAGAUCUCUGAUCACCAGGGUCCGCUCUCCACGGGGUUCCCCAUCGAGAACCGUGGACUUCCUUUGGCAACCAAGCUCAGGGCUCACCUAGACCGCGCCAAGCAUCUGCCGUUUGUCAAGCGGAUCUCGGAUUUCCACCUGCUUCUCCAGGCCACUGCUAUGCUGGAUGUCAAAGCGGAUGUUCCUGCUCUAGCUGCGUGCGUCAGGCUGCAAGCCGAGGUGCCCGAGGGCUACCAGCUGCUCAUCGAGUACUUGGCUGGUCAAACAUAAUGUAAUCUGCUCGCCACAAACAAGACGCACUGUGCCAUUUAGUUUGCUAUAUCAUGUCGUGUGUAUACUAUUUGGUUUACUUACAUGAACUAGUGUUUCCCUUUUCAA